AUGGAGGCCAACCAUGAAGAGAGCUGCCUGUUGCCUUACUGGACAAGUGCUUGGGCUGGUAGCGACCUGCUCGAAGAGGACGCGCUCUUCUCCAGCCUCUCCUUCCCGAGCUUGCACUUCCAGCCAUCCUACUCGACCAUCAUCACCCCCAGCAACAUUCUGCAAGAUGAGCUCGACGCCAUCUUCAAGGACGACGUGCUGAAGCACUGGGACGAGAUGGAGCGAGCUGGCUGCAAGGCGGAGGACGGCCACAAGAGGUUGCCGCUGCUCUGCUACGGCGAGGAGAAGGAAGUGUCCUCCGGCUCCGACCCCGGCGCCGAGGUCGCCAGAGCGUGCCGGCGGGCGAGGCCGCCGGAGGAGACGGCCCUGACGUUCGAGCUCGUGUCGCAGUACUUCUACAUGCCGAUCAUGCAGGCGGCGCGGGAGCUCAACGUCGGCCUCACCCUCCUCAAGAAGCGGUGCCGGGAGCUCGGCAUCCCCAGGUGGCCGCACCGCAAGAUGAAGAGCUUGCAGUCCCUCAUCAACAAUGUCCAGGAGGCCGGCAAGGCGACCGGGGAGGAGCAGCUGCGGGCGGUGGUGGAGAUGCUGCAGCAGGAGAAGCAGCUCCUGGAGCAGAGGCCGUACGUCCAGCUCGAGGAGAAGACGAAGAGGCUCCGGCAGGCCUGCUUCAAGGCCAACUACAAGAAGAGGCGGCUCUUGGCUCUCGAAGCUGGGGAGGCACCAAGAAGAAUAACCCCCAAGUACUGAUCCAAACCAACAGCAAAUACUAUGUACAAGUGAUGAGGUCCUUUUGCAAGUUUCAUGCCGUCAUGACGGGAUUUCAGCUUAAUUAUCCUACGUCUUC